AUGACGGCACUCAGACUCCUGGGCCUGCUGGCCGGCCUGCUGGCGACCUCCAGGGCCGGUUUGGCCCCCCUGGCGGACAUCGUGGGUGGCAGGAAGGCCCAGCGGCAGGAACUCCCAUUCCUGGCCUCCAUUCAGCUCCAAGGGUGGCACUUCUGCGGGGGCGCCCUGAUCCACCCCAGCUUCAUCCUGACAGCCGCCAGCUGCUUCCAAAGCCGCAACAGCAGGUCUGCCACUGUGGUGCUGGGGGCCUACGACCUGAGGCUGCGGGAGAGGUCCCGGCAGACGUUCUCCAUCAAGAGCAUCAGUGAGAAUGGCUAUGACCCCCAAGAGAACCUGAACGACGUGCUGCUGCUGCAGCUGGACCGUCAGGCCAACCUCACCAGCAGCACCGUGGCAGUGGUACCACUGCCCCCACAGAAUGCCACGGUGGAAGCUGGCACCAACUGCCAGGUCGCAGGCUGGGGCGCCCGACAGGACAGAGAGCACCUCUCCCGAGUCCCAAGGAUCUUGAACGUCACCGUGACCCCGUCGGACCAGUGUCGCCCCAACAACGUGUGCACAGGCGUCCUUACCGGCCGGGGCGGCAUCUGCCUGGGGGAUGGGGGCACUCCCCUCGUCUGCAACGGCCUGGCCCACGGCGUGGCCUCCUGGUCCCGGGGGCCCUGUGGCAGGGGCCCCGACUUCUUCGCCCGCGUGGCACUCUUCCGAGACUGGAUUGACAGGGUUAUAAACCAGCCGCCCACCCCACCCCCGGGAGGCUCCCUGGGGGGGGUGACCGCUUCCGGCCAGGACCCCGUGGGCAGUUACCUAGCAAGAACCUGCCAGGUCGCCACCAACGACACGGCACGAGGGCCAGGAGAGGCUGAGGGGCUGCCCCAGAGCCCAGGAGACUCGGGGAGGUGCGGGGGGGCGGGGAUCCCGGACCAGAGACUGGCUGAUUGUGAAAUCCAGGCGGCCUGUAAGGGGCCAAACUUUGUGCAAGACGUGGCCCCGGGGAAGCCGGGGCAGCACAUCCGGGAACUCUGCGGACUGCUGUAA